AUGGGGGGGAUGGCGUUUGGGGGCAGGGGAGUUGGCGGGGGGCUGGAGGGGGGAGUGGGGAGGGGGAGGGGGGGUUGGGCAGAAGAUGGACGUGGGGGGGGGUGCGUGCAUGCGUCGGGGGAGGGGGGGAGGGGUGCGUGGGGUGAGCAAUGGGUAGUGGACAAUGGGGGGAAGCACAGGGUCUGGGGUGGUUGGGGGCACACGGCGGGCAGGAGAGGGGGGCGGAUGGAAAAGGGCAGGGGGGGGGGGGGGGGCAUGGGCCGGUGUGGGUGUGGGGGGCCCGGGGGAGGGAGGUGGGGGGGGCUGGGGGGGGGUGGGGGUGCGCAAGGGUACCGGUGUGGCGUGGUUUGGCACGGGUCCCAGUUUGUGGGUUUCUGUGGGGCUCGGUGGCAUAGGUGGGAGGCGAGGCCGCGGUGGGGCCAGUGGAGUGCGAAGCAGCGGUGGAGGGGUUGGGGGUAUCCUCGCAACGGGUGGUCGGGGGCGGUGGGGGCAGGUGGGGUGGGGGGGGUGCUGGAGGGGCGUGUGGCCGUUUGGUGGGGUCGCGUUCGCGGGCUGGAGGUGGGCAGCGUGGUGGAGGGGAGUGGGGAAAUCGGGUGGGUCGCGAUGGCAGGCUGGCGGGGGCGGGGGGGGGGGGGGGCAGCGGGUAAGGCGGGGGUGCGGGGGGGGGGGGGGUGGGGGGGGUUUGGGGAGGGGGGAGUGGGAGGGCGGUGGGUCGGGGAGCGGGGGGUGGGGGGGGGGGGGGGGGGGGGGGGGCCAGUAGGGGGGGGAGGGUGGGGUGGGUGGGGGGGGGGAGGGGGGGGGGGGGGGGGUGGGGGGGGGGCGCGCGGGGGAGUGAGGGGGGGGGGGGGGGAGAGAGGCGGGGGUGGGAAAGGUGGGGGGGGGGGGCGGGGCGGAGGAUGGUGGGGGGUGGGGAGGGGGUGGGAGUGUGGGGGGGGGCCGGGGGGGAAGGGGGGAGGGGGAGAGGGGGGGGGGGGGGGGGGAGUGGGGGGAGCGGAAGGGGAGGUCGGGGGUGGGGGGGUGGGGGGGGUGGGAGGGUGGGGAGGAGGGUGGGGGGUGGGGGGGGGGGGGGGGCCGGGAGGGACGGGGUCAUGGGUGGGGGGGGUCGGGGGGGGGGGGGGGUGGGGAGGGAGAGGGGGGGGGGGGGGUGGGGAAGGGGGGGGGGGGGGGGGCGGGGUGGGGGGGGGGGCGGGGAUGGUGGGAGGGGGUGGGGGAGGGGGGAGGGGGGAAGGGGGAUCGGGGGGGGACAGGGGGUGGUGGAGGGGGAGGGAGGGAGGGGGGAGGGGGGGGGGUGGGGGCGGGGGGAGGGGGGGGGGGGGGGUAAGGGGAGGGGGGGGGGAGGAGGCCGGCGGGUGGAGGGGGGGUGGGGGUGGGGGGGGGGGCGGACUGGGGGGCGGGAGGGGGAGUGGGGGUGGGAGGGGGAUGGGGGCGGCAAGGGGAGAGGGUGAGGGGGGGGGUGGGGGGGUGGGGGGGGGCGGGGGGAGUUUGAGGGGGGCAGGGGGGGGGGGACGGGGGUGGGAGGGCGGGGGGGGAGGGAGGGGGGAGGGUGGUGGGGGGUUCAGUGGGAGAGGGAGGGGGGGAGGGGGAGGGGGGGAGAGGUGGGGGGAGGAGGGGUGUAGGGAGGGGGAUGGGGGUGGGGGGGAGGUGCGUGGGGGGGGGGGUGGGGAGGGGUGGGGGGGGGGGUGGUGGGGCGGGGCGAGAGGGUGGGGGUGCCGUGGGCGGGGUGGGUGGACGGGUGGGGGCGGGCGGGGGCGGGGGGGGGGGAGGCCGGGGGCGGGGAGGGUGGGUGGGUGGGAGGGGGGAAGUCAGCGGGUGGAGGGGCAGUCGUUGUGGGGGGCAGGGGGGGGGGGGGGGCGGAUGGGGGGGGGCGGUAGGGUGGGGGGGGGGAGGCGGAUGGAGGGGGGGGGGGGGAGGGGGGGGGGGGGGGAGGGGGGGCGGGGGGGGCUUGAGGGGGGGUGGGGGGGGAGGUGGCGGAGUGGGGGGGCUUGGGGGGGGGGGGGGAGUCUGGGAGGCGGGGGUGGGGGUGGGUGGGGGGGGGGGGGGGGGGUGAGGGGGGGGGGGGGGGGGGGGGAGGGGUGUUUGAGGGGGGGAGUGGGGGGGGGGGGGGGGGGGGGGGGGGGGGCGGGGGGGGGGUGGGCGCUGUGGCGGGGGGGGAGAGUGGAGGGCAGGGAGGACGCGGUGGUGGUGCGUGUGGGGGGGCGGGGGGGACGGCGGGGGGAUGUGGCGGGGGAAGGGUGGGGGUGGGGGGGCGGGGUGGGGGGGGGAUUAGUGGGUGUGGGUGUGGCAGGGUGGGGUGGGGCGGAGGGGGGGAGGGGGUGGGGGGAAGGAGGAGGGCGGGGCGGAGGGGGGGGGGUGGGGGGGGGGGGGGGGUGGGGGGGGGGGAUGGGGGGGGGGGGGGAGGGGCGGGGUGGAGGGUGGGGGGGGGGGGGGGGGGAUGUGGGGGGGGUGCGGGGGGGGGGGGGGGGGUGA